AUGAUCGUGUAUUCAAAAACAGCUGAUCCAAUCUUUCCAUUUCGGUCGAACAAUCCCAUACUCGGAUCCCAUCGAAUCCCAUCGGAUCCAAUACAGAAUUUUAUCAGAUCCUACAGGAAUUCGACGGUCUCGGAUCCGAUCGGAUCCCACGUCGGAUCUCGUCAGAUCCGAAACAUGGAUUUCCUGGAUUUUCUAAAGUCGGAUUCCAAUGCAAUUCCGUUUCCAGGAAUCCGAUCGGAUUUUGUCGAAUGGUCGGAUCCGAUUGAGAUUGAUCCGGAAAAUUCUUCGUUAUUAUGGCGUAGUGUUUCGUCAUGUCAAAUUUCAAGGUGA